GUGCGCGAAUAUGUUUGCACCAGAAGUGACGUGACAGUUGGAAACGGGUUUCCAAGCCACAACAAAAGAGUUUUAAAAUGCUCUAAUCAGGAGAAAACAUGGCUUUGUAGUAGUGUGGCGCGGGCUACGCCUAACAUCACCAUCUAGAAUAAAAUGGCCGUCAUCAAGACGCCAGCUGCUAUCAAAACUGUCCACGACAAGCCAUCACUGAUGUCCUUCAGUAUCCCAUCCUCUCCUGCUAUUAGUGAUGCCUCAUCCCAGGACAGCCGAUCAGUGCUCAUCCCCGUCAUCACACAGGUGAAAGACGAUGGCAAGCCUAAGAAGAAGAAAUUGUUCGUCCAGGCCAAGAGACUGGGGAUCGGCCAACGCAUCAAAAACAUCUUGUGGUUUCUGGUGUUCGCCGCUAUUUUCGCGCUCAUUCUCUGCGUGCUGAUCACGCUGGUGGCUGUUUUCCCCGAGAAUUUUUUACUGCGGGGAGACUCGCCAUGCACGCUGUCAGGGAGGUGUUCGUCCAAAUCUGGAUUGCUCUUCACAGACCAGCAGAUCCCGGGGGAUAUUGAGAGCAACGGCUUUAAGCACUUCUUGUCAGAGUCCCAGUGUAUACACAGGAGAUAUUUGUCGAGCGAUGGGUAUCAGUACAGUGAGAUCAUACAUGAUAUUGGGGCAAAAUGGUCAACCAUAGUUAACCACGAUGAAAAACAAUGCAUCUUUUUUAAAAUGCAAAAUAUAGAAUUCGAUGGCUGUCCAUUGGAAUACCCAUGGAGCUUGGAUAUAAGGUUUGGAAUUCCAGUCUGCCAAACCACCUUGGACACUAUCGCCCCAAUCAGACGCGUCAUGCGACACAUUUUAGAACGUGCAGUAAAAAAUGUUACAUUUGCCGGCCUAAUUGCGUCACAGUUAUGCAGCCAAUACACCAAUUUAAUAGUCGAUAAAGUUAUCGUCCAAUACUUUGAUUCCAGUAAUCGCCAGAUAGCCAAACGUUCCGUGAUGGCCGUUCUCGAGGACGAAAAAAAAAUCAACCCAUCUAUUAUGAGCGGUGAAAAGAAACGGGAAAACAAAAAAAUGAUCGAACCGUCUGAAAAAUCUGGCCGAGAUGAUACCGAACAAUAUAAGUAUUUGCCAGUAAAGCUUGAGCUGAAUGAUAAGGCGGGAGACGACAGGGCAGCCGAACGUCCUAAAAGAAUGAUUGAUAUUUUAACCAAACGUGGGGACGAUGAUCCCUUUAGUAUUUCAAAGAAUCAGAAUAAUGUAAAAACAAGUAAUUUGCCGGAAAGAGAAAAUGAAGCCAUUUUCCCCGGGACAAAAAAAGAUAGCGAAACAAACCUAAAUAAGAUCAACUAUGGAAACGAAAGACCAGAUGGAAUCCCACGUCCUAUAGAUUAUACUAAGGAAAAAAACCGCCCUAUUGAUAAAACGGAAAGUGUUUCUAAUACGGUUGAAGACAACUUGGUUUUCGGUUCUCUCAAAAAUGGAGCCGAGGGUCACUGGGAGAUGGACUUGUCUGUGGUCAACCCCGCUGGAUUAAAUUUCUUCAAGAACACAAUAAAAAACGUGUCCGACCUCGGUGAAGCGGUGGGUGGUGUCAAGCGCCUGAUCAGAGAUGUCGAGGAAGCUGAUUUUUCCCUGGGGGAAAAAAACAAGAUCACUAAAAGGUCGGUAAAAUCUAAGAAAGGGGAAAAGAAAACGAAACCCGGGAGUGGAAAGAGGAAAGAAAAUGCCGGGGACGAAACGAAGAAAGAAAAACACGUAGAUGAAAAGAAGAAAGAAAAACCAGGGAAAGAAAAGAAGAAGGAAAAACAAAGAGGGAAAAAUUGAAGAAAAAAAAACGCUUCGUUAGUCAAAUCGAAUUAGUGAAGCAGUUUAGGAUCAAUGGCUUGUGAAGUAAUGUCGUUAAAUCGGAAAAAGGAAAAAAAAAUGCCUAUUUAUUCUUGGCCUACCACAGCCUAAACUUUGUCUUAUCCUAUUCUACCAAGUGGUAUACGUUUCUUAUGUUAGGAUUUCAGCUUUGAAUUUUUUUUAUAAAUAAAAAUAAAUUUUAAAAAAGCUACCGUCAUCAAAUAGCAUAACUCCAAAUGUAAUCAUUUUAAAAAGUCUACUUUUUAUGUUUUACGAUGCAAAGAUCCAACUAAAAUGUAUAAAUUGAAGUUCAAAUACCUUAUUCAAAUGAUUAUAAAAACAUAAAAUAACCAUUAUUGCAUUAAAUAUUUACUCUUGCAAAAUAAAAUGUACUUAUUGAAGUUCAAACACCUAUAAUAAAUGAUUAUAAAAGAAUAAAAUAACCAUUAUUGCUUUAAAUAAUUACACUUUCAAAAUAAAAUGUAUGUAUCGAAGAUUAAAUAUCUUUUACAAUUGAUUAUAAAAAUAUGAAAUAACCAUUAUUG